GCGCGUGGCUCCGGCUGCGCAGGAACAGCUGGUUCCUCCGAGGGCGGCCGGCAAACGCGCGGGCGUGAGGUGCUGGGGUGGCCGCCGAGCCGCGCUGCGGGAGCAGCCGACACCGCCGCUGGCGCCUUGCACCAACACACCAUGUCCGGGCAGCUGGAGCGUUGCGAGCGCGAAUGGCACGAGCUGGAGGGAGAAUUUCAAGAACUGCAGGAAACACACAGGAUCUAUAAGCAGAAGCUGGAGGAGCUGGCUGCGCUGCAGGCGUUGUGUAGCAGUUCCAUCAGUAAGCAGAAGAAGCACCUCCAGGACUUGAAGCACACACUCCAGAGGUACAAACGCCAUGCCAGUCGGGAGGAGGCGGAGCUUGUUCAGCAGAUGGCCGCAAACAUCAAGGAGCGGCAGAAUGUCUUCUUCAACAUGGAGGCCUACCUGCCCAAGAAGAACGGGCUCUACUUGAACCUGGUCCUCGGCAAUGUGAAUGUGACCCUCCUCAGCAACCAGGCCAAGUUUGCCUACAAGGAUGAGUAUGAGAAGUUCAAGCUCUACCUGACCAUCAUCCUGCUCCUGGGUGCCGUGGCGUGUCGAUUCGUCCUUCACUACAGGGUAACUGACGAAGUCUUCAACUUCCUGCUGGUGUGGUAUUACUGCACCCUGACCAUUCGAGAGAGCAUUCUCAUCAGCAACGGCUCAAGAAUUAAAGGCUGGUGGGUGUCUCACCACUACGUGUCCACGUUCCUGUCCGGAGUGAUGCUGACCUGGCCUAAUGGACUCAUUUAUCAGAAGUUUCGCAACCAGUUUUUAGCAUUUUCCAUUUUUCAGAGCUGCGUCCAGUUCCUGCAAUAUUAUUACCAGAGGGGCUGCCUCUACCGGCUGCGGGCCCUGGGGGAGAGGAACCACCUGGAUCUCACGGUGGAAGGGUUCCAGUCCUGGAUGUGGCGGGGCCUGACCUUCCUCCUGCCCUUUCUCUUCUGUGGCCAUUUCUGGCAGCUCUACAAUGCCGUCACGCUGUUUGAGCUCUCCACCCACGAGGAAUGCAGAGAAUGGCAGGUGUUCGUGCUGGCGCUCACCUUCCUCAUCCUCUUCCUCGGCAACUUCCUGACCACGCUCAAAGUCGUGCAUGCCAAGCUCCAGAAGAACAGAGGCAAGACAAAGCAGCCCUGAGCUCUCGGCUUCUGUGCCCUCGGGCUGGACUUUAGACUGUGGGGCGCUCCUGGGCUCCUCCCCAGCAGCCACCUCAGGCCUGUGGCAUCUCUGGGAGAGAGCCCAGGCCCUGAUCCCCCAAAGGACGAGAGGAAUGUGAGCCCCGCCUGUCUGCACAGUGUUCGCCUAUUUAUAACGUAUUUAAUGCCGGGUCCCCCAUCGUCCCUGGAACCCGGGCCAGUCUUCCUGGGGAUGGGUCUGAAGCCUCAGGGAGCCCCUCUGUUCCCACUCUCGUCAUUUGAACCCCUUUGGGUGGGGUUUGGAUGUGCCUCUGGAGGUUGGAUUUUAUGCUGACCUGCUACUUACCAGGCCCAGGCUGGGGUGGCCUGAACCCUCAGCGCCCUGUGGCGCCCCUGUCCCGGGGCCACUCUGCUUCUGCUGUGAGCCCCCUCCUUGCCCACCCGCCACGUGGUGGGGGUCAUUUAAGUUCUCAGAGACCCACUG